AUGAGCCCACGAUUGUCGUCGAAGCUGUGGCUGGUGCUGGCAGUGUCGCUGGUGAUCAACGCAUACUUCUUCGUGCUGCGCCCAGCGACCACAGAUCCCACGCACCCAAGAUCGCCAGACACGCUGCAGCAGCAACAGCAGCAACAGCAACAGCAGCAUCACUUUGAUGUCGACCAAACCAAGGCAACAGAUCCACCAUCACUGUUGCAGCAACAGCUUGAAGAGCAGCUGCGACAGCGCCGCGAGCUGGAGGCCCAGCUGGAGGCGAAGCAGAGCGAGAAGCAGCGCCUCGAACAGAAGCACAAGGCCGAGAAGGAGCAGCGCGAACGCAUCGAGAAGCAGCUGGAGGAGAAGCGGCAGCGGGAAGAGAAGCACCAGCAGGAGCUUGAACAGAAGAAGUCCGAGCUCGAGCGCCAGCAGCAACGCCUGCAUGAGCAGCAGCAGAAGCUCAUCCAACAACAACAGGAGAUUGAGAAGCACAAGGAACAACAGCAGCUCCUGGAACAGGAGCACGAGACCCUGCUCCUGCAACAGAAGCAGCUGCAAGAGGAACAGAAGCAGCAACGCGAAGAAGAGCAGCAGAACCAAGCACAAGACCACCACCACCACCACCACCAGCAGCAGCAGCAGCAGCAAUCCAAGAAUGACGGCGGCAAACAGCCCGAUGCUGACUCGGAACGCGCCAUUGACAAGGACCCAAGCGUUUCGAAAGCGGACGACGAUGGUGAUGACGAUGAAGGUGACGAUGAUGACACGCAGACUGUGCUGAAGCACCAGAAGGCGAUUGAAGGUGAUGAUGACGACGACGAUACGCCAGAUCAGGAGCCCCAGCCAGAGCCAAGCGAUCGGGACCAGCGCAAUGGCGGUGGUGACGCUGGCGGGGACGCUGAUGAUGGUGGCGAUGGCGAGGGCAGCGACGAUGAUGAUGAAACGCGUGGUUGGGACAAAAACACGGCACUGGACGCCCUCCCGUACCGUAACCUCCUCAACCAGCGCACACCGCGUGUGCUUGUGUUUGUCAUUACGGGCGGCAAGAAGGCCAGCGUGAAGACCAACAGAAAGGCCGUGUUGGAGACGUGGUUUGACAAGGACACGUACUUUGUCACACUCGAGGAUGUGCCAACAGGGAAUGUGAUUCGCCUUUCCCCCGAAGCCGAGGCUGGCGGCCACCGCGGCUUGCCUGUCAAAGUCAAGCACAUGUUCCAAUACAUGUACGAGCACUUCUUGGACGAAUACGACUGGUUUGUCAAGGCCGAUGACGACACGUACAUCAACAUGGACCGGCUGAAGAAAACGCUCUCUGUGUACAACCCGGAGAUUCCCGUGUACAUUGGCAAGCCCUUCUCCACCAAGACCAAAGGCGUCGAUGGGCCCAGCCCGCUCUGGCGCGACUUCACCACCAUAGGCUUCUGCCACGGUGGCGCAGGAUAUGUCCUCAGCCGGGAACUGCUGCGGAUUGUCGGACCGUACUUCCGCGACUCCCCCUCCGUCACUGCACUGGAGGACGCAGCCAUCUCCUCUGUGCUGUACCAGCACUCGGGUGUGCGCUGUAUCAACACCAAUGCGCGCAUGUUUGGUGGGCUGGACCUCGUGCACAACAGCCACGACCAGAAGUACAUCAUGCGCACGCUGGACAAGUACGAGAAGCGGGAGCCAGUGACGCUGGUGAAGACCGCAACCAUCCACUCCGUCAAGGCCAACACCACCUACCACAUCCACGACAUGUACCAACGCAUCCUGCAGACGCCCUCCAUUGUGGAGCAGACGGACAAGCUCGCCGAGCGCGACCUGGAGAGCCGCCGGUGGCAGCUCGUCACCAGCUGGAACUGCACCCUCACCCCGCCAUUCCCAGACCAGGUUGCCCACGACGCCAUCUGCCAGCAGUCUGCGCUCAUUUCCGAGCCGCCGCGCCGCCCGCAGCACAUCGACGCCCUGGACGCCGCCGUCUCCGAGAUUGACACGUACAUGCCCUGCGCCGGCGCAGACAACAAGGGGUCGGCCCCCAUCUUUGCAUUUGCCCGGCUGCAGAGCGUGCGGGACGAGGCGAACCACGGCCCUCCGCGCGUGCAGGCCGGGGCGGCGCCACCGCCAGGGGGGGACACCAAGCGCAACGUGGUCAUGGUGGUGAUUGACAGCCACAACGAGCAGGCGCGGGCGUCACUGGCGCUACUGGUGCGCUCGCUGCGCGCCGUCGGGAGCACGGCGGACGUGGUGGUGUUUGCGCCCAGCCGCGACUGGGUGGAGCCCACGGUCAAGGGCCAGUGCGGCAUGCGCGUGGUGGAGUUUGACAACGCAAAGGUGGUGCAGGCGUACCAGGACGCGUACGUGACCAAGCCAACCGAGGACGUGCUGUACUUUGCGCUGUUUGAAACGUUCCUUCAGCGGUACAAGCAGCGGUACGAGCUGGCCCUGCACGCGCGGGUGGACACGUUCUUCCAGCGCAACCCGUUCACCACGGUGCCCACGCGCAACGGGCUGGUGCUGUUUGUGAACAACCCCGUGGUGACCAUGGACCAGGUGGAGUGCUUUGCGGGCUUCCUGCGCAUCAACGAGAAGGCGACCAUGGUCUCCGUGCGCGUGGCCAUGGGCACCACGCAGGCGCUGCGCGACUUCUAUGCGCGGUCCAUGAAGCCCAUGGGCCGUGCCCGGCGCUGCGCCUUUGAUGCUCUCGUCAUGCUCAACACCUUCCGCAAGGAGUACGCGCAGGACAACCCCGUGCUGGUGCUGGCGCCCUGGGACGGCCCGCUGGCGACGCUGGGCCACGAGCUCGAGUACGACUACACCAACGAGACGGAUGCGCGCAACCGAGGCCGCGUCGUGUACCGCAACGUCGCCGGCGUGGCCACGAGCAUCGUCACGGGGUACAUGAACCUGCUCGAAUUUGACGCCGCGGGCGUCCUGCAGGUGCCGACCGAGCGCCCCAAGACGCGGGUGGAGCUUGCCCUGGCGACGCUUCCGGCGCGGCUGCACGACCCCGUGCUGCGCACGUGCUCCUUUCACGACCCGUCGCCGCAGGAGUGGCCGCUGAGCAGCAAGGCGUACCUGCGCUGGUCCGCGCUGGCCGGGGCAGGCGCACAGACGUUUGAUCUGAACACGUUCCGCCCCGUGUGGGAGCUGCUGGCGCAGUACAACAUGUACUGGAACGACCCGAAGCAGCCCUCCGUGAAGAAGGUGGCGUUCCCGGCCACCCACCGCACGGGGGCAGCCAUCCUGUCUGCGCUGUACUUUAGGUACGCCGCGCGCCACCACCUGCGCGUGCGGCACGUGGGCAGCUGGCCGUUCAACCCGCCGGAAGAGCUCAACGCUGAGGCGCUGCAGAAGCAGGGGGAGGUGGGCACCUACGACAUGUCUAUGAGCCAGAUCUCGGCCAAGGGCAUGUGGCACUCGGACUUUGACACGGCAGUGUCGUACUACAACACGCUGCUGGGGAGUGACUACAAGCUGACCAUCAUGUUUGAGGAGCCGAGCCAGCACUACAUCAACUGGCUGUACUUCUUCAUCAUUCCCAAGGCGCAAAAGAAACCGCCGUCGCAGGUGCUGGACGAGUUUCUGUCACACCGCUUCAACCGCAACUUGCAGAUGCAGGAGCUCUCCGUGCGCACCAACGCGCAGUUUGAGGAGUUUGUGACGCGCCACCUGUCCCGGUUUGAUUUGAUUCUGUUGCGGGAGCGGCUUGAUGAGUGCCUGGUGCUGAUGCGGCGCAUGUUCAACUGGAGCCUGUUGGACAUCACGUAUCUCAAGCCCGUGGAGACAGGCCGCCGCUUUGAUGGCAAGAUGAUGAAGGCCGCCCCUCGGGCGCGUGGGCUUGAGCCCAAGGUGCGCGAUGCAAUCAAGAACCUGCUGCCGCUUGACUACCGCAUGUGGGAGCUGGCAAACAAGCGAUUGGAUGAUCUCAUUGCCCAGCAGCCGCCCGACUUUCAGGAUGAGGUCAUUGCCUUUCAGAAAGUGCAAUCGGCGCUUGCGGAAGUGUGCAAGGCGCACCCUGACCACGCCGUGUGUCGCUGGUAUGCCCUGAGCGAGUACGACAUCAUUGGCAUGAUUGGACCGACGGGCUUCACCAAAGCCAUUCCUUUGCUGUAG